AUGGAAACAGUAGAAUAUCCACAUGCACAGGUGAAAGGAAACAAUGUAGGAAGCCUUGUAGGGGAAGUUGUGUUCCAAUGGCACUUGCCAAGGACCCUUACCUGCUCUCUUCAAUCCUCCGAGCCUUACAAAUUUGAUGAAGGAGGUGACUUGGAGAACCCUGGUGGGAUUGUCAAGAAUUUUCCGAUGAUUAGUUCGGAUUCCGACGGUUUCGUGUUCCGGCCUCCCAAGGAAGUCCACUCUUUGAUCAACUUCAAAGGUUCGGUGUAUGAUGGUUUCGUUCAUGGGACUAAUUGUGGAUCUCUUCUUAGCUUCGAGCACAAUGACAAGGCUCUGCAUGAUGCUUACUUGAAAACCAGCAGUCAUAAAGAUGAUUACUCGAUGUGGGAGAGUGGUUCAAAUCUGAAUUAUCCAUGGAAUCAGAUGAACACGAAGAGCGGUACCGAUCCUCGCCUGCUUGAACAUUUUAGCUGCAUUGAAACUGCUAGCGGUUUUAGUUCCAUAACAAAAGAGAGCAGCGGAGAUUGGUACUACUGUGAAGCAGCAGUGGUUGCUGAUAGUAUCCCGGGGUUACAAGCACCCGAAGCACCCGGCGUCAAGCGUCCGAAUACUGGAGACAGCAAUCAAGCUUUGACGAAACAAUGCUGCAACGAUGCUAAGAAGGCGAAAACUAAGUCCGGUCCAUCAAAGGACCCCCAAAGCAUUGCAGCCAAGAAUCGACGUGAGAGGAUCAGUGAGCGGUUGAAGACACUACAAGAACUGGUAUCCAAUGGCUCCAAGGUUGAUCUGGUUACCGUGCUGGAGAAGGCAAUUAGCUAUGUCAAGUUUCUUCAGUUGCAAGUGAAGGUGUUGGCAACAGAUGAAUUUUGGCCAGUUCAAGGUGGGAAAGCUCCUGAUACUUCUCAAGUUAGGGAAGCCAUUGAUGCAAUACUCUCAUCUCAGAAGGACAGGGAGUAA